CGUCCGCCGUGCUGACGUCAACACGGAAGCGCCGGGCGCAGCGCUUUGUUUUGUUUUGUUUUGGUGCAUUGUUAAGUUGGCACUUUGGAGGCUUUUCGCUAUGCGGCGGCGGACUGUCGACGCACGCUGCAAAUGGGUCAAGCCGGCCCGGUGAUGGUAGAUAACGGCCAUAUAUCUUGCAAGUGGGAAAUGCCCAAGUUCAUCGGUGUUUUGGAAGCGGAAGGGAAGGUGAAAUCGCCGCUGGGAUGUGGUCAAGUGGAGGCGUCGCUUCGAAAUCUGGACCGACGUAUCAGCAGGGGAAAGUUAUUGCAGGACGAAAGAGGACUCCAAGGAGGACUCCAAGGAGGACUCGUCGAGCGGGAUGCGGAGCACAACAACAACAACAACUGCAACGGGGCGGACGCUCACGAGUUCCUGAGGGGCACUCUGCUGGCUUCGACGUCUGAGCGCGGGAGGAAGAUCGCUCGAAUGCAGGGCGCCGCCGCCCAGGGUGUGCACGGUGACAACGCCGUCACGAGAGAGUCGCGAGGCGACAAAAGCGACCAGCCGGUACAUGCCGGAGAGCGAAACGAGCCUCCCUCCACAGAGUUAACCGCUUCGGACUUUGGAGGAGUUGAAAGCUCUAUUUUGGACAUUAACUGUGACAAAUGUGACACCGCUGUUACGAGUGUGACUUUGGAGCCGACUUCGAGUGUCAAAGAUCACGUUUAUUGCGAUGUCUACUGCAUCGCCAACCAGCGCAACCUUGAAACUGUUACAACCGAGGCGACUUCCGGGUCGUGUGAUGCGCUCGUUUUAUACACGGCGGAGGACUUGGUGAACCCCGUGCGGGACUCAGCUCUUCUAAGCCGCCGCCGCCUCAGCCGUUCGUCGCAGCGGGCUGGUGCGGAUGGCGUCGCCGAAGCGCAGCCCUGCCGGGUGUGUCUGGACGAAAAAGCCAUCGCACCCUUGCCGUGUUGCCGGAAGCUGGUGUGUGACGAAUGUUUGACACUGUACGUCACCUCCCAGGUCCAAUUGGGCAAGGCGCACGUGCGCUGUCCCAUUUCCGAGUGCAGCGGGAUGCUGGAGACGGCGGCGGUGGUCUCGCACCUGUCCGGCGAGGACCUGCUCAGGUACCGCUACUUUCUGGAGCUGAGUCAGCUGGACGCCGGGACCAAGCCCUGCCCCCGCUGCAGACACUUCACGUCGCUCGGCCGCCCCGGCCCCUCCGAGCUCAAGUACAAGGUCCAGUGCGGCAGCUGCCAGUUUGUGUGGUGCUUCAAGUGCCACGCGCCCUGGCACCAGGGCAUCAAGUGCCGUGACUACCGCAAGGGUGACAAGCAGCUCAAGAGCUGGGCCUGCGUCAUUGAGCGUGGGCAACGCAACGCGCAAAAGUGCCCCAAGUGCAAGAUCCACAUCCAGCGCACGGAAGGAUGUGACCACAUGGUCUGCACGCAGUGCAACACCAACUUUUGUUACCGCUGUGGCGAGCGAUACCGGCAACUCAGGUAUUUUGGGGAUCACACGUCCAACCUCAGCGUGUUUGGCUGCAAGUAUCGCUACCUGCCAGACAAGCCGCAUCUCAGACGCUUGAUCCGAGGCUCCGUCUGCGGCGCAAAGGUGCUGUUGGCCCCGGUGGUUCUCUUACUGGUGCUGGUCGUGGCGGCCGUGGCGCUCGUCAUAGGCGUGCUGGGCUACCCAUUCUACUACGUGUGCAAAAGGAGGAAGAAGCGGCACUCUCUGGGCUCCUGGCGUCUUUGACACCCAAGGUCGCGAGACCUGCUCAGGGACCGCGUGCGGGAGACUUCCCCACCCCCGGCCGGCGUUGUCCAAUUGGCGCACGAGGCUUAGGUGGUUGGGGUGGGGUGAGGGCGCAUCGCCGGGGCGCCAACUGAGCGACCGACCGACCGACGCACGGACCCGACCAUCGUGUCUUGAAGUGACACGCCCCUUCUCCCAUUGGGUGUUUUUCAAGCUGUAGUACUUGAAGCUGUUUAAUGCCACUUCAAGUGAACAUGAUGCACAAUGCUUUGCUUUAGCUUAAUGCUAACAAACAUAGCAAAAGCCCAUCGACAGGCUAACAGACAGCAUCGAAGCAGUCGAGCAACAGCUAUUUGAACACAAAACAGUAGGACAACGCUGACGUCACAUAUCAAGUAGUCUCAGGCAUAACUCACAAAGCGCACCUUUCAACCACAAUGGUGUUUCCUUCUUUACAAAACAGCACAGCACAGCACAGCACUGCAGUGCGCCCAACCAAACUGGGCCCAGCUCGCUCGCUCGCUCGCUCAAAAUCACAUUACACGGCCUUGGCGUUCACGCUCAUCCGGCCGCAUGACUGGCGGAACAGCUUGCUUCACGACCAACUGACGAGGUUGUAUUUAGACACAAAUACAGGUGCGCGAGCGAGGUGCGAAGCCGUGCACGCUGUCGGCGACGACACGCCCGACGCGUGCUCUGUAAUUGUCCUCGGCAAACAGGAAGCGACUACAAAAUGACCCUUCAAACCUGCCCGCAAGUGACAGCCUCGCAAUGCUAUGGAGAAAAUAAAGUUGCAAUCAAAGUUGGACAAGAAAAGAUUGUAAAAUUGCAAUAUCAGGGGAAAUAAGUUAGCUUACUUGAAAAGCAUCACACCAUUGUGAAAAGAAAUGUUACCAUGUUAUCAAUAAAGUGCAAAAAGUCCAGAUGUUA